CAGUUGUUCAAGGCCACCUGCAGCGCCAAGACACCGCAGCCGUCGGUGCCGCCCGUAGUCUGUUCGCCAACAUGCUCACCGCUACGCUGCUUUUCCUCUACGCCACUGUCGCCUCGGUGCCAUGGCAGGAAUGCAUGGGCAACACUUUGCCAGAGGAUGACGGGUUCGGGGCGCGGGCGGCGCGGCAGGCGUGCGGGCCGUCGCCCACCACGGCUAACGGGCAGCCGCAGUGCAGCGGCCGCCUCAUCUUCGAGGACAACUUCGACGGCCCCGCCCUCAACCCCAAGCGCUGGCGCCCGGACCUGCAGAUCGCCGGAUAUCCGGACUACGAGUUCGCCUGGUUCACAAAUGACGCCAAGAACCUCUUCAUCCGGGACGGGCUGCUGUUCCUGAAACCCACGCUGGUGAGCACUGCCAACGACUUCCUCACAGCGGGCACCAUCGACCUCACGAAGAAGGGGUGCACGGGCGAGGAGCCGACCGAGUGCAUGGAGCGCGCCAUUGCCUUCAACAUCCUCCCGCCGGUGGCGUCGGCGCGCGUGCGCAGCAAGGAGCGCUUCAGCUUCCGCUACGGCACCGUGGAGGUGCGCGCCAAGCUCCCGGACGGUUUCUGGCUCUACCCCGAGCUGUACCUGGAGCCGGCGGAGCGGCGCUACGGGCGCGCGCGGUCGGGGCGCGUGGUGCUGGCCACGUCGCGGGGCAACGCGCGGCUCAAGGGCGCGGGCGGCGAGGACGUGGGCGCGCGGCGCCUGGAGGCCGGCCUGCAGUUGGGCUUCAACGGGCGCGCGCGGGACGCCGCCAUGCGCGCGCGGGACCUGCCGCUGGGCGAGGCGUGGAACGCCGACUUCCACACCUUCCGCUUCACGUGGACGCCAGAGCGCGCGGUGGCGGAGGUGGACGGCGCGGCGCUGGACGCGGUGGAGGCGCCGGCGCUGGGGCUGCAGCAGCUGCUGGGCGCGGGGGCGGCGGCGGCGGCGGAGGAGGAGGCCGGGGCGGCCACGUGGGCGGAGGGCGAGCGCAUGGCGCCGUUCGACCGCGAGUUCUACCUGACGCUGGGGCUGGGCGUGGGCGGCACCCUCGCCUUCCCCGACAACUCCUCCUCCGCCGGCCACCCUAAGCCCUGGCGCAACAACGCCGUCAAGUCGCGCCUGGACUUCCUGCGAGACAAGGCGAACUGGCGCGACACUUGGGCGUGGGACGACGCAGCCCUGCAGGUGGACUACGUGAAGGUGUGGGCGCUGUGAGACUCCCCCCAGGCUUCCCAACAAAGGCGCGCGAAAGACAGUGUUGAAUGGACUCGCAGGAUUGUAAGAAUUCAAUAAGAUGUGUGCAACAGCAAAAUCUAAUUUUGUUUUAUUUUCCUUCAAUCCUUGGCUGUGGU